UUCCUCCAUUGAAGCUUUAUCUCGGGCUCAAUUUCCUCCACCAUUUCCUUCAAUUUUCUGAAAGAGAAUCACAUACAUUGUACUGCUUUUGGAGACUCAGAAUUUUUGAGAUAUUUCUCCAAUGGCGGUCUCUUGGAGAUCAUGUCUAUCAUUGCUAGUUGUGAUAAUGCUAGCCAUCAAUAAUGUCACUGCCAGUACCAGUCCUGAAGAAGCAAAGCAAUUUCAGAGCUUAAACAUCUCGACAAUGGCGAACAGGUUAAACGAAGAAAAUGUACCAAACCAUGAAAAACAUGCUGUUGAUGAUCCAGAUAUGGUUGCUUCCAUGGUAGACAUGAGCAUUCGGAAUAGUACAGAGAGGAGGAAAUUGGGUUUUUUCUCAUGUGGAACUGGAAAUCCUAUUGACGAUUGCUGGCGCUGUGACCGCAAUUGGCAACGUAACCGCAAGCGCCUAGCCGAUUGUGCUAUUGGAUUUGGACGCAAUGCCAUUGGUGGCCGCGAUGGCAAGUACUACGUUGUCACUGACCCAGGUGACGAUGACCCCGUAAAUCCCAGACCUGGAACACUUCGUCAUGCUGUAAUUCAGGACAGACCAUUGUGGAUUGUGUUUAAACGGGACAUGGUCAUUACACUUAAGCAAGAGCUUAUAAUGAACAGUUUCAAGACAAUUGAUGGACGUGGUGUGAAUGUUCAUAUUGCCAAUGGGGCUUGCAUAACUGUCCAAUUUGUUACUAAUAUCAUUAUUCAUGGCAUCAAUAUUCAUGAUUGUAAACCAACUGGUAAUGCCAUGGUUCGUAGCUCGCCAGGUCACUAUGGUUGGAGGACAAUGGCUGAUGGUGAUGCCAUUUCCAUCUUUGGGUCCAGCCACAUUUGGGUUGACCACAACUCUCUCGCUAACUGUGCUGAUGGCCUCAUUGAUGCUAUCAUGGGAUCAACUGCAAUUACCAUCUCCAACAAUUAUUUUACCCAUCACAAUGAGGUGAUGCUAUUGGGUCACAGCGACUCCUAUGUUAGAGACAAGAUUAUGCAAGUGACUAUUGCCUACAACCAUUUUGGUGAGGGUCUCAUUCAGAGAAUGCCAAGGUGUAGACAUGGUUAUUUCCAUGUGGUGAACAAUGACUAUACACACUGGGAGAUGUAUGCUAUUGGUGGCAGUGCUUCUCCUACAAUUAACAGCCAAGGCAACAGAUACCUUGCCCCAGCCAACCCAUUUGCCAAACAGGUGACACAUAGAGUGGAACCAUCAGAAGGAGAGUGGAAGCGUUGGAACUGGAGAUCAGAUGGAGACCUUAUGCUUAAUGGAGCCUACUUUACCCCAUCCGGACGUGGUGCUGGAGCCAGUUAUGCUAGGGCAUCAAGCUUAGCAGCCAAGUCCUCUUCACUAGUUGGCACUCUUACCUCAAAUGCUGGUGCACUUACCUGCCGCAGGGGCCGCCAAUGUUAAUGUCCAAGACAUUAAACAUUUGGUGAUGAACACAAUCACAUAUUACUUUUACCUGUUCAGUGAAACUGUCACGAAAUCUAGCCAAUUUUCUUCAUUUCUAAUUCCUUCUCUACCUUUUGCAUCCCUUCCUAAACAUCACCAGCAAGAAAUAUAUUUUUAUUUUGCACAUUUGAAUCCCCUUGUCCAUUGUUCCACCUGUCUAAUGUACCAGUGCAGCAGCGUUCAACCUCGCCCUGCUUCAACGGGAAAAUUAACUCCAGGAUCUAUGGAGCAGGUGUUGAAGUGUUGUCCUUCUCUCCUUGGAAUCAUUUAUCCUUCUCUUCUACCAAGCUUGCUUUACAAUCUUGAUCAGCAAACUACAUAUCUUGAAUAUGGUUGAUAGGAAAUGGACUUCUUUUUUUUCCUUCUCCUCUCAAUAUGGACCAUUCAGAAGCAUAGUAUUAAUGAUUGCAGACAAAUAUGAAAAAGAAACCCAAAAAAAGAAAGAAAGAGAUGAAAGUUGAUUUUCUGGUUUAUUGUUAAACAUCUUUAGCUUUAAUUACUGAAACUGUCAUCCUAUAUAAUGUAAUUAUUUUAUGGUUUUGCUUCAUAAUUCAAGUUAUUGCUGCCUA